UCCAGUUCGUGACUGUAUCGAACGGGUUGAGUUACGUAAACUCUGUAGAGAGGUUACACUUUUCAUCCGUGGCAAAAGUGACAAAAGAAGAUCGUGUUUAAAAUACAUGCCAUUGUCCUGCGACUGUCCCGCGACAAGACCGGGGCCCACCUUAGCGUCCACGUGUGGUGGGACUCCCUUCAUGCUAUUCAUGGGUCUCCUCGAGGUGUUCCUGCGUUCCCAAUGCGACAUAGAAGACCCCUGCGGUAGACCCAAGUCGGCCAGUCCGUAUCCAGAGUACGAUUUUAUCGUCAUAGGCAGCGGCUCGGCAGGAUCCGUGGUUGCAGGACGAUUGUCCGAAAUACCCGAGUGGAACGUUCUACUAAUAGAAGCUGGCCAGGACGAACCCACAGGAGCGCAGGUGCCGUCCAUGUUCUUGAACUAUUUGGGAACAGAAUUGGACUGGAUGUACUUUACAGAACCGGAAAAGGAAGCUUGUUUGAACGAAAACGAACAAAGGUGUUAUUGGCCCAGGGGCAAGGUUCUUGGUGGUACUUCGGUCAUAAACGGUAUGAUGUACAUAAGGGGUUCUAGACACGACUACGACAACUGGGCGUCCCUGGGAUGUGACGGUUGGAGUUACAACGAUGUGCUGCCGUUCUUCCUGAAAAGCGAGGACAACAAACAACUUGACCUGGUGGAUCGAGGAUACCAUGCGGAAGGAGGUCCAGUUGUUAUCUCCCAGUUCCCGUAUCAUCCGCCCCUGUCACGAGCCCUCGUAGAAGCCGGUGGUGAACUAGGCUAUCCAAACAGAGACCUAAAUGGACAGUACCACACGGGCUUUGCAAUCACCCAAUCGACCAAUAUAAACGGCACCAGACAAAGUACCGCUAAAGCUUUCAUUCGACCAUACAAAAGCAGGAACAAUCUCCAUAUUUUGCUGAACUCUACCGUCACCAGGAUUCUCAUUAAUAAACGCAGUAAGUCGGCGUACGGCGUCGAAGUGGUCAGCGAAGGAAAAAAACAAUCGAUAUUUGCCACAAAAGAGGUCAUUCUAUCUGGAGGAGCAGUGAAUUCUCCACAACUCUUACUCCUUUCUGGCAUUGGACCGCGAGAAGAUUUGGAACAAGUUGGAGUCCCACUGGUUCACCAUUUGCCUGGCGUUGGUAGGAACUUGCAAAAUCACGUCGCCCACUUCCUGACGUUCAACAUAAACGACACCAAUACGACCCCCUUGAAUUGGGCCACUGCUAUGGAAUAUCUGCUCUUCAGGGACGGACUCAUGAGCGGCACCGGUAUUUCUGCGGUAACUGGAUUCGUGAAUACUCGAUACGUCGAUCCAGAAGAAGACAAUCCCGAUAUCCAGUUAUUUUUUGCCGGGUUCCUGGCCGACUGUGCGAGAACGGGACAAAUUGGCGAGAGGAUAAACAACGGAUCCCGGCAAAUACAAAUCAUCCCAGUUGUCUUACGACCCAAGAGUCGAGGAUGCAUAAAACUGAACACCUCAGACCCCCUGGACCAUCCCUUGAUAUUUGCCGGAUACUUCACGCAGCCCGACGACAUGAAGGUGCUGCUGGAUGGAAUAAGAAUCGCGCUAAAGUUUCAGGACACAAAAGCAAUGAAGAGAUACGGGCUUCAAUUGGACAGGACUCCCGUCCAAGGAUGCGAGAAUUUACCCUUUGGUUCCGACGAAUACUGGACAUGCGCUGCCAAAAGGCAAACUGCGCCCGAAAACCACCAAGCUGGAAGUUGUAGAAUGGGCAUCGCCUCAGACCCUUACGCCGUCGUUGACACCGAAUUAAAGGUCCAUGGUAUAGAUCGGCUGAGGGUGAUAGACACGAGCAUCAUGCCCGUCCUAACAUCUGGGAAUACCCACGCGCCUGCCAUGAUGAUAGGAGAAAAAGGAAGUGACAUGGUGAAGCAAAGGUGGUUGACUUCUGAAGAGGGGUUCUUCUACAACGACCAUCCAAGCCAAAGAUUAGGACGGCACUGGGGUUCAUGGUAACAGGCGCAGACAGCGUUAGCGUAAUGUAGUAACAAAUGAAGGCUGCUACCGCCAACUGGAUUAUUAGCGCACAUUACUUCCUACACACCGCUUUUAGUUUUAUUGCAAACCCAUGUAAACCUUUUAUCGGAACGAUAUUAUUUAUGCCUGUUGUUACCGAUCGAAACACCAUCUUACCGAACGAAUACCAAAGACAUGUAUCUAAUAAUACUAACACGUAACGGAAGUUACCAAAAAAAAAAAAAAUUGGUGAACUUUUGGACACUUGUACCUAACUUUAGUGAUUGCCAAAUGUUUGUGUCCGGUCUAGACCACCUACGUCGUGUUACCAGUUUAGUACCUAUAGAAUAUAAUAGGAGUAUAUUUUUAUAAUACCUGUUG